GACGUCACGCGCGCGCGUUCAUCCGACCAGACACUCGGCGAGUCCGCGCGACCCUCACGGAUAUUUUACACCUCAAAAACCUCAACAAGGCGACCAGUUAAAGAGCAGCCGAGGAAAUAAAGCAAAGGCAGAGACAUGUCAGUGGCAGGGUUGAAAAAGCAAUUCCACAAAGCGACUCAGAAAGUCAGUGAGAAGGUCGGAGGAGCUGAAGGCACAAAACUGGACGAUGAUUUCAAAGAAAUGGAAAAGCUGGCUCUGCUGGACGCUGGUGAGUCGAUGCGUGAGCUGGGUGAGGUGAAAGACGCUCUGGACAUCACAGUGAAGCAGAACUUCAUCGACCCGCUGCAGAACCUGCACGACAAAGACCUCAAGGAGAUACAACAUCACCUGAAGAAGAUGGAGGGUCGCCGUCUGGACUUCGACUAUAAGAAGAAGCGCCAGGGGAAAGUGACGGACGACGAGAUCAAGCAGGCGCUGGAGAAAUUUGACGAAUCCAAAGAAAUCGCAGAGCAGAGCAUGUUCAACCUGCUGGAGAACGACAUUGAGCAGGUGAGUCAGCUGGCCGCUCUGGUUCAGGCUCAGGUGGAGUAUCAUCAACAGGCCGCAGAGAUCCUGCAGCAGCUCUCCAGCAAGAUCGAGGACAGGGUAAAGGAGAUGUCUGACAAACCGCGGAAGGAGUUCAUUCCUAAACCCCGCAUGGAGCUUCAGCUGCCCAUCGAGACCCUCAAUGGAGGAAUAAACUCUGCCAAAUCACCCGCACGCUCGCCUGGUACACAGCUGGAUCAGCCGUGUUGUCGCGCGCUCUACGACUUCGAGCCGGAGAACGAGGGCGAGCUCGGCUUCAAAGAGGGCGACAUCAUCACUCUGACCAAUCAGAUCGACGACAACUGGUACGAGGGCAUGAUCCACGGCCAAUCAGGAUUCUUCCCUAUUAACUACGUGGACAUCCUGGUGCCUCUGCCUCACUAG